AAUGGAAGGGGUGGGACUUUCGGGCAUCACCUGAGCCCUGGGUAAAUGGAGAGAACGUCAAUCAAAGGCUAAGCUCUCAGAGCUGGGAAGGAGCUUUAGAUGGCGGAUGAACCUUGGGAAGGGGAGAGCGUUGAGCCUUGCAGGGCUCUCGAUAGCACUUGUAUCUCAACUUUGCUGAACUUUGACUGCCUCUUGGGGCACCGCAAUCGUGCGAAAUCGUUCGUUUUGUUACGUUUUGGAUUAUAGAGACGUUUUGUGACUUUGUUUCGCCGAAAAGCGCUCUGGUUUGUGCGUAGAGUGGCCAGCCGUUGUUUUCCCUGCCUUGCGCUGGCAGCCAUGGCGGUCCUCCAUUUUUAGUGCGCUCUGCUGGGCUCCUCUCACACUCUCUCUCACUCUCUCUCCAUUCAAAUAGCCAUCGGUGGAUUACUGCUAUUAUUUUUCGUUCCGAAUAUUAUUCCGAUUAUUAUUUUCGUCUCAAUCCUGGAAUAUUUUAGAUUUUGUUGUUGUUGUUGUUAUGGCCAAAGUAACAAAUCGGAUAUUUUGUCAGAUGUGAAUGUACUGCUACAAUCCUCCUCCUGUCAGUGCAUUAGUUAAUACCUGGACAAAAGAUCAUCAUUAACAAAUCCCAAGACAAAAUCAUGAUGAAGAAUAAGAGUAAAAAGCAGGAAGAUGAAGGCUCGACUCAAAGCAAUGCUUCCAGCAAUUCAGCAUCAGAGGAAUCUAACCGCUCUGGAUCGGAGUCUGGGAGUCAGUCGGAGAGUGAGCAAGGAAGUGAUAGAGCUCGUUCCCGGCGUUCAGAGUCCAACAGCACUUCUGAUUCUGAGAGCCACUCUGAGUCAGGCAGUGAAUCCACUGGGUCCAAACCCCGUCAGACCUCAACGCAGGUCAAAGACAAACCAGUCAGGAAGAAAGACUGCCUGGCAGAUGUGAAGAAGAUGUGGGAGGAACAUCCAGAUGUUUAUGGCGUUAGAAGAUCCAGUCGCAGCAGGCAAGAGCCUGCUCGACUCAACAUUGGAGCCGAGGGCAGCAGUGAUUCAGAGAGUGAAAGUCCCAAAAGAAAAGGCUCACGGCUGAAAAAGAAAGAAAAUACCUGGAAAGAUGAUGACUCAAAUGACGAAGAGGAUGUUGAGGAAGAGGCCAGCAGUUCAGAGAGUGAGCAGGAAGAGAAAAAAGUUAGAUCCAGACGACUUGCUGCUAGAAGACCACAGACAAAAUCAUCUGCUGGCAAGCAGCAGUCACAAAAGGGACGGAAACAGAGGAAGCAGGAGUCCUCAGAUGAAGAAGAUGAGGAUGAUGAUGAUGAGGAUACCCCAAAAAGACAAACAAGGCGGCGAGCAGCAACUAAAGUCAGUUACAAGGAGGACCAGAAUGAUUUUGAGACAGACUCUGAUGACCUUAUUGAAAUGGCAGAAGGAGCCGAGGAGCAACAGGACGACGACAGUGAGACCAUUGAGAAGGUCCUUGAGACCAGAACUGGCAAAAAAGGCGCUACUGGAGCUUCCACAACCCUUUAUGCUAUUGAGGAAAAUGGGGACCCCGGAGCAGACUUUGACCCUGAGAAAGACGAAGGGGAGACUCAGUUCCUCAUCAAGUGGAAAGGCUGGUCUUACAUCCACAGCACCUGGGAGAGUGUGGAUUCCCUCACUCAGCAGAAAGUCAAAGGGAUGAAGAAGCUGGAAAACUUCAAGAAGAAAAACGAAGAGCUUAACACUUGGAUGAAUAAAGCAUCACCUGAAGAUUUAGAAUAUUACAACUGCCAGCAAGAACUAACCAACGACCUGAGCAGGCAAUUCCAGAUAGUAGAGAGAAUGAUCGCAACAAGAACUGGGAAAACACAAGCUCCUUCAGACUUUCCCUCUCAUAAAAGCAGUUCGAGUGAGCCAGAGUACCUGUGUAAGUGGAUGGGGCUGCCGUAUGCAGAGUGCACAUGGGAGGAUGGCGCAUUAAUCGGAAAGAAAUUUCAGGCCUGCAUUGAUAGUUUUCAAAACAGAAAUGCCUGUAAGACGAUUCCUUCCAAAGAUUGUAAGGUAUUGAAACAGAGGCCAAGAUUUGUGGCCUUGAAGAAGCAGCCUUCUUACAUUGGAGAUGAGAUCCUUCAACUCCGAGAUUACCAGUUAGAUGGAGUGAACUGGCUAGCUCACUCCUGGUGCAGGUGUAACAGUGUUAUCUUAGCUGAUGAAAUGGGCCUGGGAAAGACGAUUCAGACGAUAUCCUUCCUUUCCUACCUUUUCCAUCAGCACCAGCUUUACGGUCCCUUCAUCUUGGUGGUACCCCUGUCAACCCUCACUUCCUGGCAGAGGGAGUUUGAUAUAUGGGCCCCGGACAUGAAUGUAGUGGUGUACCUGGGAGACGUCACAAGUAGAAAGACAAUCCGGGACUAUGAAUGGAUCCACCAGCAGACAAAAAGAAUCAAGUUUAAUGCACUUUUGACCACAUAUGAAAUUCUACUGAAGGACAAGGGAGUGCUGGGGAAUAUAAACUGGGCUUUCCUCGGAGUUGAUGAAGCUCACCGGCUUAAGAAUGACGACUCGCUGCUAUAUAAAACUCUGAUCGACUUUCGAUCCAAUCACCGGCUGCUCAUUACUGGGACCCCACUGCAGAAUUCGCUUAAAGAGCUGUGGUCCCUUCUGCACUUUCUUAUGCCUGACAAGUUUGAGUCUUGGGAGGAUUUUGAGGAUGAGCAUGGUAAAGGCAGGGAUAAUGGUUAUCAGAGCCUACACAAAGUUCUGGAGCCUUUCCUACUGCGUCGUGUCAAGAAAGAUGUGGAGAAAUCCCUGCCGGCUAAAGUGGAGCAAAUCCUCAGAGUUGACAUGUCUGCCCAGCAAAAACAGUUCUACAAAUGGAUCCUAACAAGAAACUACAAAGCCUUGUCCAAAGGAACCAGAGGCAGCUCUUCUGGUUUUCUUAACAUUGUCAUGGAGCUGAAGAAAUGUUGUAACCAUGGUUUCCUCAUCAGACAACCAGAGGAGCGUGAGAAUGAAAAAACACAAGAGCACCUACAGAGCUUGGUGCGUGGCAGCGGGAAACUUGUUUUGCUGGACAAACUUCUCACGCGACUCAGGGAGAGAGGCAACCGUGUGCUCAUCUUCUCCCAGAUGGUCCGCAUGUUGGACAUCCUUGCUGAAUACCUGUCUUUGAACCGAUAUCCAUUUCAGCGUUUGGACGGCUCCAUCAAGGGAGAGAUCAGAAAACAAGCACUGGACCACUUUAAUGCAGAAGGCUCUGAGGACUUCUGUUUCCUGCUGUCCACCCGAGCUGGAGGGCUUGGGAUUAACCUGGCCUCUGCUGACACAGUGGUUAUCUUUGACUCGGACUGGAACCCACAAAAUGAUCUUCAAGCCCAGGCUAGAGCCCACAGGAUUGGCCAGAAAAAGCAAGUGAAUAUCUAUCGUCUGGUCACAAAAGGCACGGUGGAGGAAGACAUUAUUGAAAGAGCCAAAAAGAAGAUGGUUCUAGACCAUCUUGUCAUUCAGAGAAUGGACACCACUGGGCGAACCGUACUAGAUAACAACUCAGGAAAUUCAAAUUCAAACCCCUUCAGUAAAGAAGAAUUGACAGCAAUCUUGAAGUUUGGAGCAGAGGAUCUGUUUAAGGAACCUGAGGGGGAGGAAUCAGAACCGCAGGAAAUGGACAUUGAUGAAAUCUUGCGGCUUGCUGAAACCAGAGAGAGUGAUCAAGGAUCUAGUGCUACAGAUGAGCUUCUGUCACAGUUUAAGGUUGCUAACUUCACCAUGGAUGAAAGUAAACCAGAUCUUGAGGAGAGGCCUAUACGCGAUUGGGAUGACAUAAUUCCAGAGGAGCAGUGGCGGAAGGUGGAGGAAGAGCAGAAGCAGAAGGAGAUGGAAGACAUCUACAUGCUUCCCAGAAGCAGAAGCUCCAACAAGAGGGCGCAGGCCAAUGACAGCGACAGUGAUGUGGGAUCCAAACUGAAGCACAGAUCCUCGGGUUCAGACAGUGAAACAGAUGACAGUGAGGAUGACAAACGGCCCAAGCGGCGAGGCAGGCCGAGAGCUCGCAAAAACAAUGUGGAGGGAUUUACUGACGCAGAGAUCCGCAGGUUCAUAAAGGCAUACAAGAAAUUUGGAGCUCCGCUUGAGAGGUAUCUUCCCACCUCCCAGAAAAAACCCAAAAAGAGGAAACCUCGAAUGAAGAACAAGGCCCCUAACAAUGAUCUGGUCAAUGAAAUUGCCUCUCCUCGUCUCUCCGACAACCCAUCAGAAGAGGGAGAAGUGAAGGAUGAUGGAGCUGAAAAAUCACCCACAAAGAAGAAACAGAAAAAGGAUAACAAAGAGAACAAAGAAAAAACAGGAACUCCUAAAAAAGAGAAGGAGGGGGACAAAGACAAAAAGCGUUCCAAGUCCAAAAAAGAGAAGGCCAAACCAGGAGGAAAGGGGAAGAAAGCUCAAGGCCCUGUGCAUAUCACUGCAGGAAGUGAGCCUGUACCUAUUGGAGAGGAAGAUGAUGAGCUGGACCAGGAAACGUUCAGCAUUUGUAAGGAGCGGAUGAGGCCGGUGAAGAAGGCUCUGAAGCAGUUGGAUAAACCAGACGAGGGGCUGUCGGUGCAGGAGCAGCUGCAGCACACUCGUACGUGCCUGCUGAAGAUUGGAGACCGAAUCACAGAGUGCCUUAAAUUGUAUAGUGACCCUGAGCAUGUCAAGACCUGGCGCAGAAACCUCUGGAUUUUUGUGUCUAAAUUUACUGAGUUUGGUGCCCGGAAACUGCACAAGCUGUAUAAGAUGGCUCAAAAGAAGCGCUCCCAAGAAGAAGAGAAAGAGCAAAAGAAGAAGGAUGAUCCCGCCAAGAAAAAAUCCUUCAGACCUGAACCGUCUGGAUCUAGCUGGGACUCAGGUACCCAGCUCGCAACCAAACCUCAUCCUUCGGUCAACCAUCCACCUGGACCUCCCCCUCACUCCCACCACAGAGAGCAGUACAACCAGCCCAAUAAAAGGCACUUUCCUAAUGACGAUAGGGGAGAUUGGCAAAGGGACCGUAAAUACAGCUACCCGGGCAACAGCAGUCAGCCCUGGCAAGGGGAUCGGCAUCACUCGUAUGACACUCACAGGUACAAGGACCAUCACUAUGGUGACCGUCGUCCUCAUGGUGACUACCGCAGCUCAGGAGGUUACCGGAACAGCAGCUCCCCUCGCAAACGACCCUAUGACCAGUAUGGUAAUGAUAGAGAUCAUCGGGGCCACCGAGACUAUUAUGACAGACAUCCAGACCCUAAGAGAAGGCGUUCGGAUGAAUACCGCUCUCCGAACUAUUACCCAGGUGGAGGAGGGCAUCCACAGGACUUCCGAAGGAUGCCAGACCACAGGGGACCCCCUGGAAACCAUGGCCCAAUGGGGCCCGAUCACUACCGCCCCUUCCACCCUGACAAACCCCCGCCCCUGAUUGACCCCCGCUCCCCUCAGUCUCAGAAAUCCCCUCUUGAGCCCAUCUCACCUGCUUUGGAAAGAACUGCAGAGCAGAAACCUGUGACGGACUUUAAUUGGAACAACAGGAAGACAUGAGGUGAAUACUUGGUUAGUGCAGAGACGGUCUGGACUGCCAAAGGUCAUGGCAGAAAGGCCACCUCAGGCAAUAAAUGGAGCCACCACCAAACUCCUCUUUAUCGCCACUGUGUCCUCCGCUCUCUUCUAGGUUUCACAACCAGGUUAAGUCCGCUGUUUUGAACUGAGACAAAACAAAGCAUGGUUAGUCCUAUGGACUAUGAUUGAACUUGAUGAAGUGUUGAAGUUUGCCUAAGUUAGAAAGUGCCUCGUGUAUUUGGUCUUUGUUGAGAGUCAUUAGCAGAAAGGGACUAUCCCCAAAGCAAACUUUUCUUUGAUGUUCAUGUCUUUUUGUUUUGUGCAAAAAAAAUUGUUUUUUUUCAUGAACAUAGCCUUUGUGGGAGGAGAAAAAAUGAAUUGUUCUAAUUGCACCUUCAGAUGUCGAUUCAUUGUUCUGUUGAGCUAUUUGAAACAAUCGGUUUUGCUUUCUGAAAUACCCAGACCCCUGUGAUCGUACGUCAUUUUGAGGAAAAAAAAUCAAGUAAUUACAUGUACAUUUUGGUCUUUUGAUAUUGUUAUCAUGUAGGAGUCACAAAUAUGUGAUGAGCAACAACCGCAACAAUUACUGGAAUUGUUUUUCUCAAUUUAUCAAAUCAGCUAAUGUGUCUUCGCUAUUGCAGACCCGCCACUUGUUAAUAUUGCAAUGCUCAAACGCCCUGUUUGAGGACAGUAGCCUUAUUUAAAAAAGAAAGAAGAAAAAAAAAGGCUAAACAGUAUUCAGGGUCUAUGUAGACCUUGUCUGAACACUAGAUAAUCAUAGCACGUAAGCUAUCUUUCUCUUUAUUUUCUUAUAUCUGUAACACUUGGCACCACUUAAGUUCACUUUAUGGUCAGUGCUUGUACUGUUGCAUCUUUUUAUUGCACUAAAAGGACAGUACUUGCUUGAUUUUGAGUAUGUAGUAAUGGCAGACAUUACCCGAAUCUGAUUUUCAUGUUUCGUUGAGUUGUUUUCUCAGUAUGAGUGUGCUGAAACGCUGAUACCGUUGACCUUUAAGUGGAAAUGUGAGCACUGUAUGAAUGUACAGAUGCGUGUUUAGGGAGUGGGCAGGUGUUUCAAUCUAUUUUUUGUGAACCAGAUUUUGUGCCAAAACAUUGACAGACUGGCAUGCUGGUAAAUACCAUUCAUUGAUUGUUUGUUUGUUUGAUGUGUUUUUCCAUCUGUGCCUUAUUCUUGUGUAGAUUCAAACACCGGAUUGGUACAAGGAUGUAAAGCGGUCGGAAAUGAUGCAGUAUUAUGCUGUAGUGUACUAUUUCAAAACAAUUGCCAGGAUGGAAUUUUAACUAGGUGCAUGUAAAGCCAGCUCUGGUGAGUGGGGAACAAUGUAGUGUGCUCCUUUUCAAAACAUGGUGGCAGGACUGGGAGAGCAGGUGAGCUGGUGAAAUGUGGAUACGUCUGCAAUGAAAUACUGAAGAUGUGUUACUACUUUCCCACCCAAGCUCCUGCUCUCACUCCAUGGACAUGUUAAGCUUUGAAACAAGCCAAUUUAAAGUAAUUUAUAUUUGUGAAAAGCCACUGUUCAGAUUAAUUGUUCUGUACAUAUGUGUAUAGACCUAUAUGUAUUAAACUUUCCUACAUCAUG